AUGCCUGAAUCACAAGAAGCGGAUGAGCGACGGCCUCUACUCAAUGACGCCUCCCAUUACGGACAAAAUGACCUCGAAGAACAAGGCAGAAGUACAAAUGGACACAAUGGCAGCAGCGACGAGAAGCUGACUUGGAAAGGAUGGACUGCGGAGAAGCUUGAGGCGCCUUCUACGCAUAAGGCUAUCAUCACGUUGAUUGCAAUUGAUGCAUGCUGCGUACUUGCAGACCUGACCUACACCUUCCUCUCUCCCGAACGAGAAUGCGAUUGUCUUAAUCCGAACUCCUCUUCAUUUCAACUACUGGCUUCCAUCCUUAACAAUACAAAUUUCUUAACGACUAUUGAAGGAGAAGGAGAGCCUAUAUGGCUAACAGUCCUCGCGCACAUCUCACUCGCCAUCACCACCCUCUUCCUCCUCGAAAUCCCGCUCACGCUCUGGUGCUUUGGUCUUAAUUACUAUAAUCCUUUACCCAAGGAGGAAGGGAGGGAAAGGGAGACGAAUCCAUAUGCAAGCCUCCACCUCUUCGAUGCACUCGUCAUCCUCACAACCUUCAUCCUCGAAGUUGUACUCCGCGGACGCGAAGCAGAACUGGCAGGAUUACUCGUCUUACUUCGUUUGUGGCGGAUAGUCAAACUCGUCGGAGGUCUAGCAGUAGGCGCAGGCGAACUCCAAGAGGAGCUGUCCAACGAACUCGCAGAGACCCAGCAGUUCCUCCACUCCUCACGUCUCCGCACUCAAGAACUCGAGAACGAGAACACUCAACUCCGUGCACGCCUUGCGAAUAUCCUAGGAACUGAUCCAUCGUCCUUCACAUGAUUUUUUUAUUAAUAACAGUGUGCUUACAUCUUUCCUACCUCUGUAUCUGUAACACACCAGAAGCCG